AUGGAAGGACUCGAAGGUCUUGAUCUUCCAAUGAAAGUGGUGGACAUGUUUGGUGCAGGAAUCCCAGUAUUGGCGAAGGAGGAAUCCAAUUGUAUUUGGCGAUUGGUGCAAGGAAGGUCGAAUGGACAAUUGUUCGAAACGGCGACAGACCUCUUCCAACAGCUCUACACUCUUGCCACCGGGUUUCCUACACACUGCAAGGCGAUUGGUUCCAACUCUGUCGACUUGAGCAGGCGUAUGAUCCCUCCAUUGUGCCAGUUGAGAGCAAAACUCAGAUAUCUGUCCUAUCAGAUCGGAUUCGGUGUGCGUUUUCGGGACCACGCGUGGGAGCUGUUGGCUCAGCGGCUGCUCGGUGACCUCGUCGACCCCGACAGCGCUGACCAGGCAGGUGGUGCUGGCUGA